AUGUAUACCGACCCACUGAGACGCAAUUCCCGUUUUCGCAAAGACGCGUCGUUCGGCGAAAGACCAAAGGUCAGUGCAAAGACAAGUCAGCCAAAGGAGGCGCCAUGUGAGUCUUGCAAGAUUAUGCAUUUGAACGUCCAAAGAGUUGGUAGCCUCGACUUGUGUCCCUACUGCAAGGCGCUCUUCGACGACGACGACACCUUUCGUUUCAAACGUGGCGGUCAAUACGGCUUCGAACGUUACAAACGCGUAAAGGUGUUGUGCUUCGACGGCGUGUGGUAUUCAGCAAUGAUGGUGGAUUUUAAGAACGGUCGAAUUCGAGUGCACUAUGAAGGUUGGAGCGACAAGUUUGACGAGUGGAUAUUGGCCGGAAGUAAAAGAAUUAAGGACAUGACCUUGGAAGAAAUGGUACGUCGUAAGAGAAGCAGCAGCAAUCUUUCCAGCUCAUCCACCUCAAGUCUCACAAGUCUUUCGGAUCUUUCAAGUGACAGCGCGUCACAAUCCGACGUGCCAACCACAAAGAAGAACAAUAAAAAGGAUGUUGAUUCGGAAGUUCGGAGUAAACGCUGUGAAUCAUCCGAUUCUCUGAGUUCAUUUGAUUGGAGUGACUUUUAUGUGGGACGUAAUACGAGACGUAGUUUACGCAACGACAAAUUAUUGGACAACUCGGAUACCUUCAACCGGCUGAAAGCCCAAUUCAAACCGGGAACACUGAUCGAGGCACGGGACAGAUUAAAGGAAUGGGUACCCGCCACAAUAAUUGAGGCCAAGGGUUGUCGCGUGUUAAUUCACUACAAUGAUGUCCCGGCCUUUUAUGACGAGUGGGUGGAUAUUAACAGCGAUCGGUUACGCACGAGGUCAUCAAAGAAAGAAGAGAUGAGCGCGAUCAGACAUAGCAUCAGGAGUGCGUCGUGUCUGUCCGUGAGCAGAAAAGAGCCGACCAAGAAAAAGAUCAGAUCAAAAUCCAGCGAGGAUUCUAUGUCGGAAUUAGAGUUCAUUGAUGUCGACACCUUACCCGAAGAGCUGCCCGUUCAGGUAACGUUAUUUCCUGUUCGAUUCAUGAUGGCCACCGAAUCCAACCAAGUAACCAAACCAUUCCAAAUUUUCCUAUUCACACCUAGAUACUAUUGUACCUAUUGUGAGACGCCUUCGGAGGGAAACGACUACAAAAGCUUUGAGCUGUGUGUGUGGUGCUUCGCCCAUCAAUUCCCAAAUUAUCACGAGCAUCCUCGUUGUUCGUUUGCCGUUCAAUCACUGAUUGACGACGAAGCGAUUAAAAUUUCAUCAAAGGGUGAAGUUAUCAAAACGUUUGAUAAAGACGUUUUUGACACAACUUAUAAAGACCCUGGUUUUGAUUUUUUAAAUAAUGACGUAUCAUUUGAUAGUGAUAUGGGAUAUCUUUAUCUUAAGGCGUGGAACACGCGUAAAAUCUGUGGUUUUUGCAAUGACGAUGACGGACAACAACUUGGCGGAUUCAUUGGACCACAACCUUUUAUUUCAAACACUUACACGCGCCACGGCGAAAAGCAAAAGAUAUUCUGGAGCCAUUACGCAUGCGCAAAGUAUUCGCCCGAGGUCUUUGUCACAAAAUCGAGUGAAUGGUAUAACGUGACGCUGGCGUGGAAAAGAGGUCGCGGCAUGAAAUGUGGAAAGUGCAAAGAGCGAGGAGCCACGAUUGGCUGCUUUGAACCAAAAUGUGCAAAAAGUUACCAUCUUCCGUGCACCGACAAACCCCUUUCCCAUUUUGAGAUGGGCGUGAUAUUCUAUUGUCCGGCCCACGAAGCUCGCUACGUUCAAAAAGAGAUAUACAAUGAAAUUUACAGAUGCGAUGUUUGCUCUUGCGAACUUCAAGCGGACAAAUGGUGGACUUGCAAGCCAUGCGAGUCCAACUUUUUUUCUUCAUUUGAUUUAUGCCCACAGUGUUUUGAUGAGAGAUUCCCGGAUAAUCAUCAACAUGGAAAAGAUGCGUUCGAGGAAACAUCUGUCAAGAAGAUAAAAGACGAACAGAUCACCAAGCAAGCAGCAAUUGCCGUAGCCAGUCAGAAGGCUCGAAGUUCGGGAACGCGCAAGAAAUCCAAGAAUUCGCUCUCCGGAAAAGGAGGUCGGGUCCAGUGCUCAUAUUGUUGGUCCGAGGAAUCACCUCGUUGGAGAAAAGGAUAUAACGGGGUAUUGAUGUGCGAGGAUUGUUUCGAGUUAGUAUUGGUCAAUAAUACUUCCGGAGAAUCCGUGUUAGAGGCCAACAAACUUAUGGUCACGAGCGAGGAUUACUCAUAUCGACCAUAUCUCACGAGGAAUUCUUGUUCGGACGCCAAAUUCGAUAAUUCGGAAUCCCAGGCGAUAUAUCUGGAUACUUAUGAGCCUGCGGAGAAUCAAUUAUUUUCUUUACCUUUUGAUAGCUCAUAUUUCGACAUUCCAGGAAGAGCACCUAGAUGGGCAACACACAGUGGCACGGACUAUCACGGAACGUGGUUACCACAGACGGUUCGAAGGGCCUUGCUUCGUUUCACGAAGAAAAAUGACAGAAUCCUGUCAAAUUUCCUCGGGAGAGGGACCGAUGCCAUAGAGUGUUUCCUGCUUGGUCGAAGGGAAUUUGCUAACAUCUUUGAUACGCUAAGGCUCGUUGGUAUAGACAUUAAUCCCGCUGCUGUGGCGUUAUCUCAGAGAAAUUGCUCGUUUGCAAUUCCACCAAAUCGAGGAAUUACGGCCGAGCACCGACCAAUAAUCCUUCAAGGAGAUUCCCGACAAUUGACCGGCAAUAUUUUUGAUGAUGAAACUUUUGAUCAUAUCCUCAGUCAUCCCCCGUACAAGAACUGUGUCGAAUAUUCAACUCACAUUGAAGGAGAUCUAUCCAGAUUCGCAAACUCGAAAGAGUUCGCAAUGGAAAUGAGCAAAGUCAUUAAUGAGUCUUGGAGAUUAUUGAAGCCAGGAAGAAGGGUUACCCUUGGAAUCGGAGAUAAUCGGGAACAUUGCUUUUAUGUCCCAGUUAGCUUUAAUUUAUUUCGACAGUAUAUGGAUCAGGGAUUCGAAUUGGAAGAACUGGUUGCAAAACGACAGAGAUACUGUCAGGCGUUCGGAUUGGGCACGUACCUUUGUGUGCAAUAUGACUUCCUGAUGUUCACACACGAGUUUAUCGCAACCUUCAAAAAAGUGGAUCGAGAGAAGAAUGACCGGAUGUUAUUUACGCCAGGUAAUUAUGAUCUGGAGAAGGAAGUUACGCUCACGCAUGCGCUGAGAGAAAUUCCCAUACUUCCCAUAUCACGCAAGAGCGUUGUUAUGGGCACAACAUGGACAUUUAAACCCACAUCUUCGCAUAGCUUUGUGCAACUCUGCACGUCGAGAAUGGUUGAAAGGUUUGGAAGGGAUUUUGCCAAUUAUGAAGAAAUAGACAUAAAAUUCAAUAAUGUAGAGUUAAAUACCGCCAAUAAUGAAAACACGCAUUUUUAUCACAAAAAUGAGGAUGAUAAAGAAGAAGGUGAGGAUGACAUGCCGGAAUACGAACGGAUAAGGCAGAAAAGAAUUCAAGAAAAUCAGAAAAUGCUUCUUUCAUUGGGACUUAAAUGCGACCUCGGCGAAGAAUCUGAUGACAUAUCACAUCUGGAAAAGCUCCUAAAAAGCAAACCGCUACCACCACCGACACCUACAGCAUUAAUUAUUAUACCACACAUUCCCAAUAAUCUGUUAACCGCACAAGUCAUUCCCAUCUAUCGAGAAGCGAUCGUGCGUUUGGCUCGUGAAGCAUAUGAACGAUUACCACCAUCUGGCUUCCUUGUGAUCGGAGGACAGGAUGUACGUACACCAGAUAAAAAGCUGUGGCCUCUCAGCAUGCUUUUCAUGGAGGAUGUUAAUAAGGCAGUUGGUGAAGACAAGAUGCCAUUGAAGGAAUUGGUGAUCACAGUCCCUGAAGGAUAUGCCAAGGAUAAGAAAAAGAUUUGUUCAAGAGAAGAUUAUGUCGAAGAACGGUGUAUCGUGAAUGAAGAAGGAUCCGCAAUACAAGUGGCCAUCGUUCAUAAUGAUAAAUCUGCGGCUACCAGAAUAUUGAAUCUGAAAUGUGAAGAAGGCAAGAUCAAAAAUUUAGAGGAUGAUUGA